AUGGUAUCGAAACUGCGUGGUGCAUUGAUUGUAUUUGAAGGGUGCGAUAGAGCAGGAAAAAGCUUGCAAGCGAAAAAGUUAGUGGAACGUAUCUGUGGUACAGGAGCACAUGCUGAACUGAUAUCAUUUCCAGAUCGCUUGAGUGACUUAGGUAAAUUCAUCGACUGUUAUUUGAAGAAAAAACUUGAAAUGCAACCUAGAGAAGCCCACCUAAUAUUCGCUGCUAAUCGGCAAGCACUUAUGCCUUUAAUGAAGGAGAAACUUUUACAAGGGAUACAUUUAGUUGUUGAUCGUUACAUUUAUUCUGGUAUUGCUUAUACGCUUGCGAAAGAAGAUGAAAGUGUAACCAUGGAAUGGGCAAAAAUGGCAGAUAUUGGUGAACUAAGGCCGGAUUGUGUUAUAUAUUUAAAUCUCCCACUCGAGGAAGCGCAAAAAAGAGAUGGAUUUGGUCAUGAACGUUUCGAUUUUAAUGAAUUUCAGAAAAAAGUGAAUAAUGUCAUGGUAAAGUUAGCUGCUGAGGAUGAGGAUCUUUGGCAAAUUAUAGAUGCCUCACUGUCUGUUGACGAAGUAUCUGAAACUGUUUGGAAAACAGUGGCACCAACUCUGAAUAACGUGGGAAAAUGUGACCUUAACUUUUUUUAG